AUGAGUUUCUUCCGCAGGGUGUCCGAGCGCUUCCUUAGAGAUGAGGUUGUUGUACGGACCAGCGAUGGAGACGCAGUAUUCAUCCGAGAGUUCGCCUUAAUUCGACGAGACCACCUCUCGGAGGAGCCUCUCCACAACGCUGGCCAGAAACCCGAGGACCCAAGUUCACGGACGGCCCGCUCGGAAGAGGACCGAGACACUCUGUGGGACGCCUGGGGCUCGUGGAGCGAAUGUUCCCGUACCUGUGGAGGAGGGGCGUCAUAUUCCCUGAGACGAUGCCUUAGUUCCAAGACCUGUGAAGGCCAGAAUAUCAAAUAUCGCACAUGCAGUAAUGUGGACUGCCCUUUGGACGCCGGAGACUUCCGAGCACAGCAGUGUUCGGCUCACGCCGACGUCCGCUACCAUGGCCAAUACCACGAAUGGCUGCCCGCGUACAACGACCCGGACAAUCCGUGCGCCCUUAAAUGCAAAGCCAAGGGUUCUGGGCUGCUGAUGGAGUUGGCGCCCAAGGUUUUAGACGGGACACGUUGUUACACCGAGUCCUUAGACAUGUGCAUCAGUGGGAUUUGCCAGAUUGUGGGCUGCGAUCACGAGUUGGGAAGCGCGGCCAAAGAAGACAACUGCGGCGUCUGCAAUGGUGACGGCUCCUCGUGCAGGCUGGUGCGAGGGCAUUAUAAAACUCAACACGCCUCGGGGAAAGCUGAAGACACUGCUGUCGUCAUCCCCUUCAGGAGUCGUCAUGUCCGUCUUAUUCUAAAAGGCCCGGAUCACUUGUAUGUGGAAAGUAAGACCCUGCAAGGAGUAAAAGGCCAAUGCAGCUUUGAUAAAUCAGGACAGUACCAACUGGAAAAUACAACCAUGGACUACCAAAAACUGUCUGAUAAGGAAGUUCUGAAAAUUCCCGGACCGCUCGGAGCUGAUUUCACCAUCCAAGUCCAGUUUGCAGGUGGGCCAGACAGUGUCAUCCAGUACAUAUUCUACCAGCCGAUCAUCCACCGCUGGAGGGAAACAGACUUUUUUCCUUGCUCUGUCACGUGUGGCGGUGGGUACCAACUGACGUCCGCAGAGUGCUUCGACCUGCGAAGCAACCUAGUAGUGCUGGAUCAGUACUGUCAUUAUUACCCGGAGAACGUCAAGCCCAAACCCAAACUCCAGGAGUGCAACAUGGAGCCGUGCCUGGCCAGUGACGGCUACAAGCAGAUUAUGCCGUAUGACCUCUACCACCCACUACCACGGUGGGAGAACAGUCCUUGGACCGCCUGCUCUACUUCCUGCGGCAGCGGCAUCCAGAGUCGCUCGGUUUCCUGCGUGGAGGAAGACAUGCAAGGGACCGUCACGGCGACGGACGAGUGGAAGUGCCUCUACGCUCCCAAGACGGCCAUCUUGCAGCCGUGCAACACAUUCGACUGCCCAGUCUGGGUUGCGCAGGAGUGGUCGCCUUGCACCGUGACGUGCGGACAGGGUCUGCGCUACAGAGUGGUGCUUUGCAUUGACCACAGGGGGCUCCAUGCGGGAGGAUGCAACCCCACCAUUAAGCCACAUAUCAAGGAGGAGUGCCUGGUGACUGUUCCCUGCUUCAGGCCUCUUGAUAUGCCUCCUGUGGAGGCCAAACCACUGUGGCACAAGCAGGCCAUAGAGCUGGAUGAGGAAAUUGUGGUGACCGAGGAGCCAAACUUCAUCCCUGAUCCUUGGCAGCCCUGCAGCAGAACCUGCGGCGUUGGCACUCAGCGACGCGCAGUCAAUUGCCGAGUCUUGCUCUCCUUCUCUCAGACUGUUGUUGACCUCCCCGACGACGAGUGCAAGGGUACUAAACCUUCUUCGAGCCAAGCCUGCUACAGAAUGCCUUGCCAAAAACCUGAAGGUGACAAGGACCAGGGCAUGGAGGAGAAGGACAAAGAGGACGAGGAGCUGCACGAGUGGGAGUAUGACGGAUUCACAGAGUGUUCAAAAAGUUGCGGAGGAGGUGUGCAAGAAGCUGUGGUCAUUUGCCUGGACAAAAAGACCAGAGAGGCCGCAGCAAACCAAAUGUUGUGUGUGAGCACACCCAGGCCCCCUUCUCUUGUCCAGGACUGCCAAAUGCAGCCUUGCCCUCCCAGAUGGGAAGAAGGGGAAUGGAGCCUGUGUUCUGCUUCCUGUGGAGUUGGCCUGAUGUCCCGCAGUGUUGCGUGCAUCCGCCGACCCUCCCUGGACAGCAACAGCACUGAGAUUUUGCCAAAUGAAAAGUGCCUGGAACCGAAGCCGAUCCCUGUGCAGGCCUGCAACCGCUUUGACUGCCCUCCUAUGUGGGAGAAUCGAGACUGGGGCCAGUGCUCUACUGGUUGUGGAAAUGGAGUUGAGAGGAGGCAGGUCUUGUGCAAACAGCGCUUGGCAGAUGGCAGCAUCCUAGAACUGCCAGACACAUUUUGUCCUAGCAAGAUGCCAGCAAAGCAGCGGCUGGGUAGCAAAGAACAGCGGUGCCCACCACAGUGGGUCACAAGCUGGUCUGCGUGCUCAGUGACUUGUGGAAAUGGUAUGCAAAGACUUGAGACCGUCUGCAAGAAACAAGGAGAAGAUGGACUAUAUCGAAUGGUCGAUCCGAAAAAUUGCUCAUCUCUAGUGCGACCCACCAGGAUACGACCGUGCUCUCUACAGCUCUGCAAGAAUUCACUGAGGCCCAGCCCUACUAUCCUAGCACAGAGGAAUGUUUAUAUUCAGUGGAGGAAGAGCAGAAAAGUCCAUUUGGUAGUAGGGGGUACUGCCUAUCUGCUUCCCUGGACAACUGUGGUCCUUCGUUGUCCGACACGUCACAUCCGUAAAGCAAAUAUCCAUUGGUUGAAAGACGGGAAACCUCUGGUGAAACUCCCACGCAUGUCCGUAACGCCGCUGGGAUUAGUGAAAGUCCUGCAGAUUGGCACGUCUGAUACCGGGAUCUACACCUGCAUUGCCGGCCCAGCCAAGGAGCAUUUAGUUCUUCAGGUCCUCAGUGCCGAGCAGAAGUUUCCCAAACUGGAGUCAUCAAGAUUAAAGGAGUUCUCUAUCUCUCUUCACGGGUAUGAUGACAUUGUCCAGCGCUUGCUCCAACUCAAGGAUGAAAGAAACAAGUCCAGCUCAGAAGACACUUUAGACAUCCCGAAUAUUGUCGUUCUUGACAGUCAGAGGCUCGAUGACAUUAACAGUCUCGGAGGGACACAAGGCGAGCAAGCUAUCGCUCAGUUACUCAAAGAGUUGUCCGUAUCCCUCUAUGAAACCAAUGAGUCAACUCUACACCAUCCAGAAAUGGCGGUAUACGCCACACAAGCACCCCUUCUUCAUAAACCAAACAGGAAAAGCCAUUCAACUGUGCCCAGAAGCCCAGUGAUUAUCCAAAGCCCUCUGAAAGCUGAAACUGUUUUGUCCUCCGAUAUAACCGUGAAUGCAGGAACGCCAAUUUUGUUCCGGAAGUCCUAUUCCAGUUUAGAAAUCAAGUGUGAGUCUCUUGGCUACCCGAAACCAUCCCUCACCUGGACCAAAAAUGGAAAACAGUUGCGUUACAAUAGCAGAAUAGAUGUUUUGCCCAGUGGCUCACUGAGGAUCCGCUCUCCAAAUCAGUCGGAUGAGGGUCUGUACACUUGUACUGCCAGGAACCGACUCGGAUCCUCGUCGCGCUCGUCAUGGUUGCAGAUAACAGGAAGUAGAGGAAGAAACUGCUUUCAAGUUGUUGGAGCCAAAGGCCCAGUUUGCCCUGAUAGGAGCAACAGGAGCAUCAGUUGGCGCGCAGACCCUUGGACCCCGUGUUCGGCCAGUUGCGGAGGCGGCACCCAGACCAGACUGGUGCACUGCGUGGAGGGUACCGAUGGCGCAUCCAGAGAGGUGGAGCGCCACCGCUGCCUCGGUACAGGGCGGAGACCCUCUAACUCCAGGAUGUGUAAUGUUCUGCCCUGUGCCAGUUGGGCCACGAGCUCCUGGGGACUGUGUAAUGGUCAAUGUGUCGGUCCAAGUUUGGCUGCACAGCAUCGCCGUGUUUUCUGCCAAGAUACAAACGGCACCAAAGUCCCUUCCGGGAUGUGCAGCGGACUCCGACGGCCGGUCACCACGAGGAACUGCUCGGCUGAGGCCUGCGCACCGCAGUGGCGGGUCGGACCGUGGACACAAUGCACCGCCACCUGCGGCCGACACGGUUUCCAGUCGCGGCGUGUCGCGUGCACGCUGACAGGCGGACAGGCGUUGCGGGAGCACCACUGCUUGCGGCGGCCUCGACCUCGCAGCUGGCAACGCUGCAAUACGGCGCCCUGCGGCGGAGCCGGAGCGUGCCGAGACAGCACUAGGUACUGUGAGAAGGUGCGACAGUUGGAGCUGUGCACGCUGCCGCAGUUUAAGAGUCGCUGCUGUCACUCGUGCCUCGACACCUGA